GGCCAGCGUGCGGGGAUGAGUGGGUCCCUGAGACUAACGGCAGCGGUUCUCCUCUGCUGGGGGCGCGGCGCGGGAGGAGGCCUGUGGGGUACGGGCUUGCGGGCAGCGGCUAGGGCGCAGGUGGUGGCGGCUCUGGAGCAGCUGGACGCGCUGGUGAAGAAGGACAAGGUGGCAAUCUUCCGUAAGGGGAGGCGGGAGCAGCCCCUCGGCUUCAGCAACGCAGUGGUGCAGAUCCUGCGGCUGCACGGCGUCCGCGACUACGCGGCCUACAACGUGCUGGACGACCCCGGACUCCAACAAGGAAUUAAAUACUACUCCAACUGGCCCACCAUCCCGCAGGUGUUCCUCAACGGCGAGUUCGUGGGGGGCUGCGACAUCCUCCUGCAGAUGCACCAGAACGGGGACCUGGUGGAAGAACUGAAAAAGUUGGGGAUCCGCUCCGCUCUCUUAGAUGAAAAGAAAGACCAAGACUCGAAGUGAGGCUCCGGGGUCCUCACUGCGGACAGGAGCCGUCCCCGCCGGGACUCAGUGCCGGGAAGCCUUACUGAUUCUGGUUGUCCCUGCUCGCUCGAGCGCUCGCACCCCCUCCGGUCUGUAAGCAGACAGGUGACCUUCGCGUGUCUGGUGUCCGGGCUAAGAAUGUUCUAUUGUAAACGUAAUCACAACCACUGCGCUGUAUAAUGCAACGUUCUAUGCUGUCCUACACGGGUGUGCUCUUACAUUCUCAGUCGUUCUUUGCCUGAUUCAGGAGUAAAACGAGGAGCUUUUGAAUCAUUUUAUUCAGACUUCUGUGUGGAUGUGUCAGUCUGCAAAGAUAACAUAUCCUCCCUCCCCAUUUUCUUUUGUAAUUUCUUCUGUUAAGGAAAAUGAUGGACAAGGAAGACAGUGUGAUGACUGGGGUGUUGUUUUUUAAAAUAAAUUGCCAACACAGGGACGCUGGGCCUUUGUGAGUUAAUUCUGGCAGCGCCUGUCCCUGAGGGUUUUUGUGCCAGUGACCUUGUCUGGGGAGGUUAGGCGUGCCUCCAUGCUUUUCUAUUAAACUUGUCAAAGAAUCUCCAGCAA